AUGACACGGCAUCCUUCAUCCAACACUGUGAAUAUCCGCUUUCCACCGCUCAGACUCCUCCAGAAAAUGAGCCGGGGACACGUGGGAAGUAUGCUGUUAAGCCAGCCAGACCACCAAGGAGCACAGAGAUCAUUCUGGAAGCCCUGCCUCAUCUGCUCAGCAAUAAUUCUCGUGCUAUUGGUUUGCUCCAUUGGGUGGCUUUAUCAACCCGAAUUGUACAUAUUUAUAGAGCUGCAGCCCGCUGGAGAGGCCUGCGUAGCAAAGUUCGGACCAUUUCCUGCAAAAUGGCAAAUGACAUCUCCUGAGCCUCCUUGUGUGACUGAGAUGUCUGGCAUGAAGCUGAAGGUCCUUCAGAACGGCUUGUACUUGAUUUUUGGAAGAGUGGUUUUGGAUAGAGCGUAUGAGGGUCUUGCCCCUUUUGCAGUACAGCUACGUAAGAAUGGAGACAUCUUAGAAACUCUGACAAGCAACUCCCAAGUCCAGACAUUAAAUGAGAUUCACGAAUUGCAUGCUGGGGAUAUAAUACACUUAUUAUUCAACAGUGAAGACCAGAUUCUAAAAAAUGAUACAUACUGGGGAGUCCUUUUAGAAGCGCGCCUUCCGUUCAUCUAGAGAUUUGAUUUGGUUUCCUCCUCCUCUUCGUGUAUUUAGGCAAGCUGGUGAG